CACGAAGAAAGUCCGAAGCCUGAAGAUUAUACAGACUGUUGACCGGACACCCAUACGAUGGAGACCCGGACCAUCAGCGUCACCUAUAUCUCCGCCUUGCUACUGCUGUUAGUGGCAAGUGUAACUAACGCAGUCGAACUGAACGACACUUGCUCUUUUCACGGAUACCAUACUUGCGACCCUAACGCUGAUUGUAUCGAAACGCUGGAUGUGUUUGACAGCUGUCAAUGCAAAGAUGGAUACGAGGGGGACGGUUACCGAGGGACAAACCACACAGGCUGCUCAACUACAAAUGUCACAUGUAAUGGAAACAAAGACUGCCUGGAGUACAACGCCGAUUGUAUUGACAAUAUAUGUCAAUGUAGACCUGGAUUUGAGAUGAACGUCACAACAAAGAUUUGUACAGAUAUUGAUGAGUGUAAGCUGAAUCGCUGUGAUCCACACGCAAACUGUGACAACACACCCGGCUCCUUUGUAUGUACGUGUCAAGCUUUAUAUGAGGGGGACGGAUUUUCGUGCAAAAAAAUAUGUCGAGUGGACAACCACUGUCACAAAAACGGUCACUGUAUCCUGAAAGAGUGUGUUUGUGAUGACGGCUACAGCGGCGACGGUACCAACUGUACAGAUGUUAAUGAAUGUGAAACCGGGGAUGAAAACUGUCAUUUGAAUGCUGAUUGUACAAACACUGACGGCUCCUUCGAAUGUUCCUGUAAAUCGGGUUACGAGGGCAACGGGUUGUCUUGUAAAGUGGUCCCACUUACAUGUGAUGAGAUUCUGCAGAAAAAUCCAACUGCCCAAACAGGGAUGUUCCUUAUAGACCCAGAUGGCACAGGACUCUUGCCUGCCAUCGAAGUCAAGUGUGACAUGCGCUCAGACAACAUCGGUGUCACAAUUAUAAAUGUCAAGGUUGCCUCCAAGCUUGUAACGGCUAGCAGUCCUGACUUUAACAUUGAAUACACAGCUCCCAUUGAACAAAUUAAAAAACUGACUAACAUAUCUGGAUAUUGUUACCAAGAAAUGACUGCCAAAUGUCGUUGGAAGGCAAAGAUGCUGGGAAAUAAUACUUACUGGGUUGACGGCAAUGGCGAUACACAGAGAACGUGGGCUGGAUCAACUAUAGACGGGAUGUGUCCAUGUGGACAAUUGGAAGGCUACUGUACCAACCGUGGAUCCCACUGUAACUGCGACGGUACUGUCAGUAUGGUAGAGGAUACUGGUAAAAUGCUCGAUCGUUCCUUGAUGCCGAUACGCUCGGUCCAUAUUGAAUUACGAGACUCGAAGAAGUUCACAACAAAAAUAGGUGCAGUUGUGUGUGGCCCGAAGCCUUUCGAUAUAAUGAAGGAUUGCGAUGAAGGAAAGAUGAAAUUGGGAUUGGAAAAGAGCGGUCCAUACCAUAUAGAUAUUGACGGUCCGGACGGUGAUGGCGCUCCUGUCCUAGUCCACUGUGAUAUGGAGACCUAUCCACAUGUCGGUGUUACUGUCGUACCAACAAUCGUACUCCCUCAACCAACUGGUCCAGGAUUCAACCCUGUAACAUACACAGUGGAGGAUAAAGUUGUUCAGAAGAUCGUUGAUUUCUCAAACUUCUGUGUACAAGAGGCGACAUACAACUGUAUGAAUUCUGAUUUAAAAGGCUUUUAUUUCACAAAUAUGAAAGAUGAGAGAAGGGAUUUUUUCCCUGGUGGUUUAGGAGAGACUGGAAUGUGUCCAUGUGGUUUGUUGUCAAGGUGUGCCGACCCAAAUCAGUCAUGUAACUGUAACGUAAAAGAUGGAGAAGCCAGGAUGGAUUUUGGUGCUGAAUUCGAUAAAAACAAUUUGCCAAUUACAGGAAUGCAUUUUGGAGACAUAGGAACAUCAAGUAACCAGAACGCCUCGUACACUCUGUCUUCACUAAAAUGCAGUCAACAGGAAUUUUCAUUUGAGUUGAGCUGCGAGGCGUAUCUAAGGGACCGAGGAAUGGACUACAGUUACGUUUACAUGGUGGACGCUGAUGGACCAGAAAAUAGGAACGGAGAUCCAGAUGAUGUUCCGCCAUUCCCCGUGGAGUGUCUUAUGUACACCAAUCCGCCACACUCUGUGACCGUAGUACAUCACGAAUCGGAAGGCUCGAUUCAGGUAAAUGGUGCCCUGUCAUUCGUGUAUCGCAUGGUUAGCAACGCACAGUUACAUAAGCUGAUUGCUCGUGCAGUUUAUUGUACUCAAGCUGUAACAUACACGUGUAAGGCUGUUGGGCCUAUCCACGACGCAGCUGGUGACUCCAUUAUUUCCUGGAUUGGACUUGACGGCGAGAGACAUGAAUACUUACACGGUCAAGAUGGCAGCAGUUGCCAUUGCAGCAUGACGAACACUUGUGAGGGACCAGGAGUGUGUAAUUGUGACGGCAGCUCAUCCACGUCAGAUUCUGGCAGCUUAUUCAACAAAAAACAUUUACCUGCGAUUAACUUCACCUUUGCCGAUCCCCAAAGCAGCAAUGAUCUGAGCCUCGGACCACUUAAGUGUUUCGAGUUACGUCCUACAUGCAGUGAUCUACUCCUUGCCAGACAAAAUCGUGAACCUAGUGAGGUCUUCAUCCCAACAGACACCCCAUACACGGUUGACCCAGAUGGCGCCGAUGGAGAAGAACCUUUUGUCGUUUUUUGCAAAUUUCCACAGACAAUCAUAUCUAUAUCCCCAGAUGGUUCGAAUUCCACAGGAACAUCUGGAGGUGAAGGGGUAGAUAAAUGUUUCCCAAUCACGUAUAAUAACGGUGUAACACCUGAACAGAUACAGGCACUGAUAGACAGUUCAGCGUACUGUACACAACAUUUAAGUUAUAACUGUCGAAACGCACCCAAGACUGACCGUGUGCAUUACAAAACCUGCGAUGGGGAAAUACAACCAGGCUGGGGUGGCUCUAACGGGGACGAAAAGUGCGCGUGUGGUGUAACAGGUGUGUGCGGUGCAGGUCCUGAGUCUCCAUGUAACUGUGACAUCGAAGAUGGCAAUCUUUACACUGAUGAGGGUUGGAUACACAACAAAACGAGACUUCCUGUCUGUGAAGUAUGCUUUUCCCUUGACCCAUCCACUGAUACUUCGCCGUCUCGUUCAGCUUCAUAUACAGUGACAGACCUCAUCUGCAACUCCGGUCCAGUUGGUAUGGUUGGGUCGUGCCAGGAAGAAAGGAAUAAAGGUAUGGAGGAGUCGGACACCAUAUACAUCGAUCCAGAUGGUGUAGGCGGCAACCCUCCAUUCCCUGUCUUCUGUCGUCUUGAACCAUUUCCACCAACUGGAGCAGCGGAAGUCCGUCCACGGGAGGAAGAUUACCCUACGACCACCAACGGCACUGUUGUUAUACACUAUUUCGUGUUUGAGAUAUCCUACGUGAAGACACUGGUUCAGAAAUCCGUUUACUGUGAGCAGGCCAUUUACUUGUUAUGUGGGAAUGCACAGGUACCAGUAAAUGGCAGGGAUUUGGAUGACUGGGUACAAGGCCCUGACGGGUCCAUUUCCUGUAAGGAAGGGAAGUGCGAAUGUAACGGUGACGAAUAUUACGGCGGAUACGUCAUUGUGAAAGACCUCCUUCCUGUUCAGAUAGUUAACCAGCUACCAACAAGCGGGAAGGGCACCAUCCAUGUCAAGCCUAUGGAGUGUUAUGACGUGUAUAAGGAUUGUCACGAGAUAAAGACAAUGGGCGCCAUACUUCCUAAGAGGAUCAACCCGAACAGUAUAUAUGCCAUAGACCCGGAUGGAGCUGGCGGAGUACCCAUAUUCCAAGUCUUUUGUGAUUUUACCACAGACAAAACUAUUGGAAUUACCCAGAUUGAUAAUUCAAUCGAAGGCCAGAUUGUUGUGAAUGGAUACCGAACACCAUCGGACUACACGAUUCCAAUUGAAUACCCAAAUGCAACCCCGAAACAGAUACACGCACUUGCAAAUAUUUCAAGUUUUUGCUACCAGGACAUUCGGUACGAGUGUAGGGAUAUUCCCAGUUUGCGCUUGACCAUGUAUGAGGGCGAGGAGAGUCAGAGCGUCGGAACAGGCAUCAACAGCACAGAUGGAUGUCCUUGUACAUUAACUGGAGAUUGCCCGGACGACCAUAUCUGUCGAUGUGACGCUAAAGGGCCAAUGGUCUCAUAUGACUACGGCUGGGUUCUUCAAAAGGAUACAUUGCCCAUAGAAGAGGUAAGGUUUGGCCCUCCACAGUCCAAUGACGAACAGGGUUCCGCCUCGAUCGGCAGCGUCAGAUGUGGUCCCAAAUAUUUCGACAUUCCGAAGGACUGUGAAGACGCUUAUUCUAAAGGGUUCAAGUCUGGUGAUAUCCUGAUAAUGCCUUCAGAGGGUGUGACACCUUUCUUUGUUGUCUGUGACAUGGAACUGGUACCUGGUCAUGGUGUUACUGUAGUUGGGAACAACAAGGACGAUGAACCUAUCGAUCUUGACCUCACCGUCGACACAACGAUAACUGUCACUUACAACAAUGCUACUAUUCUCCAAGUCGAAGCUUUGACAGAGAUUUCCCAAUUUUGUGUUCAACCAGUCAAAUACGACUGCUACGGGACACAGUUCCUGGGUUAUAACAAAUUUUACUGGAAUGGAAAAGAAAACAAGGAGUUUCGUUACCUGGGAAAUAGUGACAACUCACAACAGGAGUGCUCGUGCGGCACAGAAAACAAAUGUGGAGGCAACCGCACUGAACUAGAACUGUUACCUAGGAAAUGUAGUUGUGAUGCAAUGGAAGCUGAAUGGAGAAAAGAUGGCGGAGUAUUCUCGAAUACUGAUGAUCUUCCGGUCAGAUCUAUGACAUUCCUUAAAAAUGACAAUGAUGGUGCUAAGGGAAAAUUUACAUUUGGCAAACUGUAUUGCUCGCAAGUAGAGUAUAAUCCGAAUGAAUGUGAACUGGAUAUCCAUGAUUGUCAUGAAUUUGCCCAAUGCCAAGAUACAUCAAAAGGAUUUGAAUGUCACUGUAAAGAGGGCAUGCAAGGCAUUAAACGAGACCCACUUGUGGCAAACGGCCGAAAUUGCUAUGACGACAACGAAUGUGGUACUGCAGUUUGCCAGCCUGACCGUGCAGACUGUACAAACACAUUUGGGUCAUUCUACUGUACUUGUCACGAUGGUUACGUAAUGGCUGAAGGAUCAAAAACCAUCUGCAAUGAUAUCAAUGAAUGUGAAAUUCCAAAUAUUUGUUCACCUCACGCCGAAUGCUUCAACAGGCCCGGACAUUUUGUCUGCAGGUGCAAGCGUGGUUUCCGAGGUGAUGGAUUUAACUGCACCUCUGUCGGCAUCUGUGCCUGUUUUGGAGAUCCCCACUGUACAUCUUUUGACGGAAAAGUGCUUCAUUUCCAAGGAGACUGCCAAUAUACUAUGGCAACUGAUGGAUGUGAUGGAAAACCGCCAACAUUCGAAGUAAGAUCAAAACACUGGAAUCAAAAUAUCCCUGGAUUAAAAGGAGCCACCUGGAUUGAAGAAAUAGAACUCAUCCUCUUCAUUGGAGGUUCAAGCACGACGUUGAAUCUUAAGCAGGGUGGCAAGGUUUGGUACAACAAACAGUGGUAUCCCGUACCAAGCAGGCCAGAUGAGCAUAUUGACUUCCGUAGAUUUGGCAACUGGAUCCAAGUCUAUACCAGUAUCGGUGUUCGUGUAAAUUGGGACGGAGACCAGGUCGUUGAAGUUAUGCUCCCUGACAGUUACCUAGAUAGCACAUGUGGUCUCUGUGGAAAUUACAACAUGAACCCGCAUGAUGACUGGGAGAUUGGAGACCAUUGUCCAACAGCAGGAAGUAUUACAAACAACGCUAAUAUAUUUGGGAAUUCGUACGUGGUACCCGAGUACAAGGCAAGUCAUCCCCAUUGUGAUGCUGACUGUAAUGCGCCAGAACCGCCCGAGGAAUGUACAGACAUGGAGAAGAAGGAGGCUACCGACUACUGUAACAAACUAUUCCUCAACCCCAGCUUUCAGGAAUGUUUGGCAGUAAUACCCAAAACUACACUUGACAGUUUUGUAACAUCUUGUGUGACCGACUUGUGUUUGGUAAAAGAAGAUUUUGACACGAUAGUGUGUAGCCAUGCCAGAAGUAUGGUCAAGGAAUGCUCCGACAAUUAUAAAACUAUCGUUACUGAAUGGAGAUCCAUAGAUUUCUGCGAUAUUACAUGCGGAGUGAACAUGGAAUAUUCAUAUUGCGGAUACUCACCAGAGCAGGGAACCUGCUAUGAUGUUGAAAGUACUAAUCCACUUCCUGUUAUAAACGACACAUGUCGUGAAGGUUGCUACUGCAAGGACGGUUACGUCAUGGAUACUUCCGCUACAGAAUGCGUUAGUAAAGAUGAUUGUGGAUGUAUCUAUAAAGGACGGUAUUACCAGGUUGGGGAACAAUUUGUUACCGAAGAUUGUGAGGAGAGAUGGACAUGUCUAGAUACACACAAGUUUUCAAAAACCAAGCUGAAAUGUCAUGAACUAUCAGAAUGCAAACUAUCAGGAGGUAUAUACGGGUGCCACUGCAAUCCAGGCUACAUCAUGGUGAACGAUGUAUGCAUAUUUGACCCGUGUGGAUCGGAGCCCUGUAAGGAAUUCCCGGAUGCCGAGUGCAAGAUGGUUGGAGAUAGCUACGUAUGUCAGUGUAAGAUGGGCUUCCAAGGAGAUUGCAAGAACUGUGAAGAUAUUGAUGAGUGUAAAACAAAGACACACAACUGUACAAGAUAUGCUGCAUGUAAGAACACGCCCGGUUCCUUCACAUGUACAUGUCGUGCAGGCUACAAGAAGAAUGGGGAGAGGUGUGACGACGUCAAUGAAUGCAACAAUGAUGCCCUACAUGAUUGUCCAGAUGGAACGAAAUGCUACAACACCAUUGGCGGAUACGCGUGCAUGCCAUGCAGUGAUACUACACCGGGGAAAAAAUGCUGUUACUGUACAGGUCCUCGUUGUAAGGAGGAGGGUCAGGUGUGCGGAACUGAUGGUAUUACUUAUCCCUCGGCGAAAGCUCUAAUUAUAAGUAGAUGUGAAAAGAACUUGAAAUGGCACGAACUACAAGUCGAGUAUCAUGGACAUUGUAAAGAUGGUUGUAAUAUUACGGAGUGUCCACCAAGACAAUCCUGCUUCAUAGACCCAGUGACACAGAAACCUGUUUGUGUAUGUGAUACUUGUGACACAAGUGAUCCGGAAAAUACAGAACGACCCGUGUGUACAGACACGCUACGAUUGUACCCCAAUAUGUGUGCUUUUAUUAAGUCUAUGUGUAACGGUGAUACUGACUCUGUACCAAGUUUUGACACUGGACCAUGCGAGGGAAUACGAUCUUAUAUACCGGUCACGAACUGGAGCCCGUGGAGUCCAUGCUCCACCACAUGUGGUGUUGGGGAGAAAACACGCUCGAGAGAAAGACUGGAUGGUCAAUUCUACGGAGCCUACAAAUUUCAGUUGGAAGCAGUCGCCAAGUGUUACAAUGACCCGUGUAUCGACUCCCCGUGUUCUAAUUCAACGUGCAACGUUUCUGAAGUGUGCCUCAUUGAUGCAUAUGGCGAGGCCAGUUGUGAAUGUCCCGACUGUAUCUACCAUGGUGACGAACCAGUGUGCGCGAUGAUUGCCGGACGUCAUCACAGCUUCCGUAACCCAUGUGAAGCCCAUAAGGAGGCUUGUGAGAGCGGGGAACCCUUCUCUAUUGUCAACGAAGGAAAAUGUGGCAGUACUCCUUUGAAUUGUACUAUCAUGCCAGAUAUGAAGGUUCUGAGCAGUCCAGGCUGUACAAGCCUCAGAAUAAAUAAAGCCAAAUGUUCCGGUGGAUGUGGGCCCUUCUCAAACUACUGCUGCAAUAAGCGCAAGACAGUAAUGAAAACGUUCACGCUUGAUUGUGGAGAGAACGAGCCAGCUCCCCAAAUCGAGGAGAUAACGGAAUCCUGUGAAUGCGAUCGGUUGGAUCUCGAAGAAGAUUAAAUUCAAAUCUAAUGAGAUACAGUAGUUACUGUUUAUAUAAUACGUGUCACAUCUCAAUUCUCUGGUCUUUUUGUUCAGUGUUUCGUGACAUUCAUUACCAUUUUCUUGAUUAAAGAAUCACACAAAAACCACUUUA